AUGGCCCCCAAACGUCGCAAGUCUGGCCCUGUGCUCCCAGCAGAUGUCUCAUUUGUACGAGAUAAGAAGAAAAGUGGAGGAGACUCAGACUCUGGGCAGAAGAGCCAAGGUCUUUCCGGCGGUGACUCGUGCGUCAUCCAGUCAAUGAAGCCAGGCCCCAUCCUCGGCGCAUACACCAUUUCUGAUAUCAAGCACAAGUUUAUGAUGCUGGACACGAAUGGCGAUGGAAUCCUCAGUCGAGAUGAAAUGUCCGUGUUGCUUCGGAAGGGUCGCGAGGACCUGUCAGAUGCGGAGCUUGAAGUUCUGUGGGAUGACAUGAACCAUGACGGUGAUGAGGGAAUUGACUUCGAUGAGUUUGUGGACUAUUUGUUUGGUGUGUACUCGAAGGACGGUGCAAAGAUUGAUUGGGAAGGUACUUCAAACGUUUUCCACACUAUUGCAGAUGCGGCUGGGCGGCCUCACAUCACAUACCAUGAGUUUCUGGCACUCUGCCGUCAACUCGACAUCUUGGAUGAUACCGGCUUCGGGAUUACAGAAGACGAAGACUGGAAGACUCCUGGAAGACUCCUGGAAGACUCCUGGAAGACUCCUGGAAGACUCCUGGAAGAGACCUUGAGUCCCACCUUGAGUCCCACUCAAAGCAUCAGUGAUGAGGAUUGCAGGAUGCGAGAAUGCAGAGUGACACUUGAUUUGGCUUUGGCUGGAAGUGCAUUUGUAGGCCAAAGAGUCCCGUGUCCCCUCGAACCGAUCUACACUUCUCUUCGAUUCUCUUCGGCUUUUUCCGCCAAUUCGGAAGCUCUACUCCACACCAUGCUCACGCAGAGCAAUAUUAUUGCCGGUGCAGAGCUUUCAGGCGUUUGGUUGUCAAGGCUUCAACAGAUAGGCAGACGAGGCGAGUGGCAACAGGCUUUGCAGUGCUUGCAGGAAGUGCCAGCAGAUGUUGCAUUGGAAGUGGUCUAUAGUAUGGCAAUAACAGCUUGUGGAAGAUCUUUGCAGUGGCAAUGGUGCUUGAAGUUGUUGUGGGACCUUUCAGGACAGCAAAACAUGGUGAGAGCCGUGAGAGCAACUCAACAUAGCACUCUUAGCACUGCAAGUAGCACACAAUCGAGCACUCCCACGACUCCCUUGCUUCGCCCUGUUCGACCUGUUCCCAACAUCGUCGUGGUCGGUUCUGCCCUUGGAGAAACGUGGCAAGCGUGUUGGAAAUUGCUUGACCAGCUUCAGCAAGUCCAUCUGCAAGCGGAUCUGCUUUUGCUCAAUGCUAUGACCGAAACUUCAGAGUGGAGGAUAGAGGAAGACGUCAUUGCUUGCAGUGCAGCAAUUAAAGCCUGUGAUGCUGUUGGAGAGUGGAGACAAGCUCUCUCAGUUCUGACGAACUUCCGGAACAAGAAACUGCAAGCUGAUGUGAUUGCCUACAAUGCUAGCAUCAGUGCGUGCGCGAAAGCUGUGCAGUGGCAACAAGCGCAACAAGUGCUGCUGGCACUGCAGUUCUUUCGUAUUUGUAUCAACACAGCCACUUUGAGUACUCUCCUAAAUGCACACCCAUCGCGUGAGUGGCAGAAGGCUAAUGAGUUUCUGGCGCAAUCAGAGGCAGACUUGUCGAUUCACUUGUCGAUUCACUUGUCGAUAUUGUCGACAGCUUCAACACUUUUUGACCGCGCUGGAGAGCUCUGUCCCGUGUCCGGCAUUGCAGAUCUUGCAUUGGCCAGUUUUUCCUGUGCCUUUGAGCGACAGAGCUUUCGCUACGCAGUGGAGAAGGUGGUUCGGAUGGCUGCUCAUUCAAUGCGCUUGCCUGGGACCCCGAGGACCCUCAGAAGUGAGCUUUGCGUUCCCUGCUGACACAGCGAUGUGGGAGGAAGAGAU